AACGGAAGAAGAAGAAGAAUUUAACGGUUCCCGGUUGUUGAACCGCUCUCGGUUUCCACUCUAGUUUCCCACCGAUGGGUAACGAUCUGUUUGGGACCUGAGUCCUUCAGUUCGAUGUCUGGAGGUCCCAUCGGACUCUCUAAACUAGCUCCUCUGACCGUUUCCAAACAACUAUGCGCUGACAGCCAAACACUUUCAGGAUAAUUACCGCAACCUAAGGUCCGGCGUGAUGGAAGGCGGCUCUGAGCUGACGGAGGAUGUCGUGUUUCGUGGAGUGGAGUUUUCUGUGAAGAUAGAGCUGGAUAAGAAUCUGCUGAUGGUGGAAAUCUCUGACUCGGUGACUGCAGAUCAGUGGAGGGGGGAGUUUGAUCCUGCAUAUAUUGAAGAUCUCACUCGCAAAACGGGAAACUUCAAGCAGUUUCCUAUUUUCUGUAGCAUGUUGGAAUCGGCUGUGAGGAAGACCAGUGAUUCGGUCACCCUCGACCUCCUGACCUACGCCGACCUGGAGCUGCUCCGAAACAGGAAAGCAGGUGUGGUAAGCCGUCCUCGUGGCCAUCAGCAGCAGUCGGCGCUAACCGCCAAAAGAUACCUGAUCCUGAUUUACACCGUGGAGUUUGACAGGAUCCACUACCCUCUUCCACUGCCCUACGUGGGGAAGCCGGACCCAGCCGCCCUGCAGAAGGAGAUCCGAGCCCUCAGAGCAGAGAUCAGCACUUUCACCUCCCAUGGAGGCAGCAAAUCUACAGACCUAGAGAUGCAGCGACUGCGACAGGAGCUAGCUGCAGUGAAAAAAGAGAAGGAGGCCAUGGCCAAGGCUCUGGAUCGACUACAGACGGGGGGGAGUGGCUCUGCAGCGGACCGAGAGGACUGGAGGAUCAGAGACGUGGUCCGAACAUUGGAGGAGCAGCUGGUCAAGGAGAGGGCCAGGAGUCAGCGCUCUACGAGCAAAAGGUGCCAAGAACAGCGACUCCUGAUGGAGCAGCUGGAGGAGCUGAGAGCGUCAGAGUGUGCUCUCCGUGUUCGGGUCCAAAGCCUCAACAAUGAGCUGGCGUUGCUACGGAGAGGGUUAGACAAUCUAAGCGUCAGAGUGACCCCUGUGUCGGGUCGCCUCGGCUCCCGGACAGACGGGGAGGUCUACCGAUCUGUUUCGCGUGAGAGGAGGCCCGGCUACGUAGCCGCCAGAGCUCGGUCCGGUUCCAGGGAACGGCAGGAGGACCGAGGACUGAGGUCAGGGGAGAGGGGGAGGAGAGCCGACUCUUCAGGGCCGCGUCCUCACAUACGGAGGCCAUCCCCUUCGCCCACAGGCUCUCGGGUUCCUCGCUUUGACCCCACUGCCUACAUCCAGGACAGGCAGCGCAGGCAGAAGGAGGCUGAGCUCAAGAAACAGCGGAAGGUGCGAAGGGACGUUCUUUCAUCUCCGGUCCUCCCAGAGCGGGGCCGCUCCCGAUCCAGAGAGGCCUAUCCUCAGAUGGUCCAUGCCGGCAGCAGAGGCAGGAGUCUGUCCAUGGAGCGCCGAGGCAGCAGGAACUCCUCUGGGAGCUCAUUAGCAGACAUGGAUGACAUGACCAGAACUCUUUUCAGAGGAAGACAGCAGACGUACAAUGGACCUAAUAUGUCUCGAGGCCUUUUAACCAGAAAGCCAUUAAGCAGCACUCCAACAUACAGAAUAACAGACAAAGCAGAGAGCUCCAUAGAAACGGGGGCGGAGCUGUCAGAGAUCGACGCCAGGCUGCAGGCGCUUCAGGAUUACAUGAGGGACCUGGACACAGGACACUGAUCUGCUCAGGGGGACAGAGGAGCAGCUGGUUUAUCAUGUGAUCAACUGAGACUAGAGCUCCCUCUAGUGCUGAUGUCCAUGACUGCAGGACUCCACAAUCAUCACUAUGAAGAAAGCUGGACUAUUCUUAAUGUCCUAAACACUUAAAUAAUUUAAUAUCAACUUCUUAAAAUUACAGGUAUUUAAGAAGUUUGCAGAAGUGAGUCAAUAUUUAUUUUCUGUGUUUUUUAUGACUACCAUUUUGAAAGUGCAGAGUUAGAUUCCUUUCAUGUUUACAAUUCUUCAUCCUCGGUAAUACUGGUGAAGAGAAACUGAUCUUUCUGCAGAUUUUAUCGGGAGAUCAAACAAAAUCAGUGAUUUAUCUCUCUAUGUUUGUAACCCAUGUCACAAGAAAAGAAAAUCUAGAUGUUGACCCUGGACGUUUGCCUUUCCCCCAGUGCAUGCUGGGAUUGACUCCAAGCAGAUUUGCAUGUUGCCAAAACCAUUUUCCACCAGCGUGUUUUCUGUUUUUCCUGGAAGGCUCCUAAUGAUUUUACCCUCAUAACUGAUCCACGCGUGCAUUAAUAAUAAAGUUUAACUUGUAUUGUUCCUGUAGAUAAGCCUAAACCCCAGGUAGGAAGGGAACUUCUGUUUUUCCUGGUUAUAAAUCUGUUUACAAACCAUAAAAUGGCCAAAUUUGUUUUAUAGAAAUUGUAUGCUAACUGACUGUUAUUUUUUUCCUGUCUGCCUUUUAUACCUCCUAAAGAAAUAUAAACCUUUAAGAGUAAA